UAGGGUGACGUGCGUCACAGCGCGCGCAGGCAAAGGUGUUUCGGUCAACGUCACUGCACAGGACCCAACACACCUCCAACACUUGGCACGCAUUCCUUUAGUUUUUCAGUGCCGUAUCAUCCCUUCGGGCGCAAUAACGCGCUUCAGCAGACGGUUUGGACACGAGGCGCAUGCACUGACCACGCUCACAGUUUGGAAAAGAACCUAAAAUGCACAAGUUUAUGUCGUAGCGACAGCAGAGCAAGUCCCUCACUGGAAUAAGCGUGCAGAUUGAUUCAUCUCUAUACUACGGACAGAUGCAAUGGAUACCACUUUGGACCCCUUUUCAACGUCUCUUCUCUACGACGAGGAAGAUGGAAACGAAACCUCUACCAAUCUAUUCGAGCAGCCGGACUGGCAGGUGGCACUAUGGGCGAUUGCAUACUCUUUAAUCGUAAUUGUGUCCAUCAUUGGCAAUGUCACUGUUAUUUGGAUCAUUCUGGCACAUAAACGCAUGAGGACCGUCACCAACUACUUCAUUGUCAACCUCGCCUUUUCUGAUGCGUCUAUGGCAACUUUUAACACUGUCUUUAAUUUCGUGUAUGCUUUGCACAAUGACUGGUAUUUCGGAUUGGGAUACUGUAAAUUUCAAAACUUCUUCCCAAUAACAGCUAUGUUCUCAAGCAUUUAUUCAAUGGCGGCUAUUGCUGUUGACAGAUACAUGGCGAUAAUCCACCCGCUGAAGCCCAGGCUCUCGUCCACUACUACUAAAGUUCUGAUCGGGGUCAUCUGGACCGUGGCUUUUUCCCUUGCCUUUCCUCAGUGUUACUACGCCAGCACCAAGUUCUACUUCCCUCGCACUGUUUGUAUGGUGGAAUGGCCUGACGAUUAUGGAGGGAAACAUCAGCUCUCGUAUCAGAUUGCUGUGAUUAUCCUGAUCUACUUGCUCCCUCUGCUGGUGAUGUUGGUGACCUACAGCCUGGUUGGACGGAGACUGUGGGGCAGCGAGAUCCCUGGAGAGGCAUCAGAUCACUACCAGAACCAGAUGCAGGCGAAACGCAAGGUUGUGAAGAUGAUGAUAGUGGUGGUGACGACCUUUGCGAUAUGUUGGCUUCCCUACCACAUCUACUUCGUCCUGGGGAGCUUCAACCGGGACAUAUACAAGCAGCACUACAUCCAGCAGGUCUAUUUAUCCAUCUUCUGGCUGGCCAUGAGUUCAACUAUGUACAACCCCAUCAUUUACUGCUGUCUAAACCAAAGAUUCCGCUCAGGUUUCCGCAAAGCGUUCCAGUGGUGCCCCCUCGUCAAAAUUUCUGAGGAAGACAACAUGGAGCUGCAGCACAUGAGGACCUUCCACAUGAGACGCAGUUAUCGCACCGAGACCACCAGCAUGGUGGUCCGUAAUCAUGCAGGCGAACCGGAAGACACCACAUCCAAACUAAUCAAAGCCUAAACUUAUCAUCAGUCACGAGAGUGAAAAACAUCCCUGUUGGCAAUUAUUAAAAUCAAGCACGACCAUACUUGCACUUAAUACCUCACAAUUAGAUUUUCCCUCUCUAUUGUGGAUUCGGUGGGUUUUACAGGUGGAGUAUUUAUCUACUCCUAUGGCAUAAGCACCAAGCCUUAUUUGUUUCUGUGUCGCUGCUUGAAAUACUAGUCCUUGUACCUGCAUAGACCAGUUCAUUUUGUAUAUACUGUAUACACUACUGUUCAAAGGUUUGGGGUUAGAGCAUUUAUAAUUAUAUUUUAAAUAAUCACUAAUCUUUAGUCAGAUAGUCAUGAAAAAUGUAUCAGUUUCUACAAAAAUAUUAAGCAUCUCAAUUGUCUUCAGCAUUGAUAAUGAGAAGAAAUGUUUCUUGAGCACCAAAUCUGUACCUUUGAUUUCUGAAGGAUAAUGUGAUUCUGUUAUAGAUGCUAAAAAUUCAGCUUUAUGUGCUUUUUAACUGUAUUUUUAAUCAUAUAAAUGCAUGCGUAAUUCUGCAGAACAUUAAAAAAAAACAUAUUACGGACCCUAAACCUGAACAACAGUUAACCAUGUUAAUUCGUGCUCCACUAUUGAGAAAUGAAUGUUUUAAGCUGUAAAUAUUGCCGUUAAAUGUUCAGUGGCAUCUCUAAAUGUAAAAACAGAACUGCUAAAUCAGCAUUAAACUGAUCAGAGCAUCUGUGCCCAGGAGCAGUGGCGCCUGCAGGUGUACGGCUGCCAUGAGCGCUCAGACUGACCUGAGACUUGACCCGCAAUCUACAGUGAAACGCUCUUUAAAAGUGUCUGCAAUAAAGCCAUUUUAAAGCAUUUUCUGCAUGGAUUUAAACAGGUAGGCCAAUAAACAAUUCACAUAUCAGACGUUGCAGCAAAUCCUUUACAUUUUAACUAAAAAAUAUACAAAUCUGAAAAUAAAUUCAGCUAUAUAAAUGCCAUUAUAAUUAUUAUUUUAAUUGUAUAGCUACACUUACAAAAUAAAACACAACAUGUGAUCUGGUCUGUUUCAUGCUUUGCCUUAAUUUUAUAUUUUAGACUAUUUUUAUAUAUGAUUUCCCUUCUCUUCAUUGGACGCGUGCCUUCAGAGAGAAAUGCAUCUUUAUGGAUUAGUGAAAGAGUUUUUACUUUUACUCUCCUAGACCGAGACUUUUCCUAGUCAUAAAUAAAAGCACCGUUUUGUUGAUAAUGGGAAUGUACACAAAUAAAAGUAGACCCUUUGCAGUUCCGAAUGAUGCAUAACUUUUACUUUUAUGAGCAAAAAGUUUCUACUGAAAAAUGAUAUGCAAGUGAUGAUACUUGCAGAGCGCUUCACCUCCUGCUGUACAUGCGCCUGGCGUAGAUUUAUAAAGGUCAAACAUUUGAACUAGCGAGCUAUCGUGAUUUGCUUAAACCGUUUGGAUAAACAGCUAUCACUUUUCCAUUACUUACAUACCCUUGGAAGAAAUCCUGCAGGCGCCCCUGCCCAAGAGUGUGGUUUUCUGGAGAUAUUCAGUCAGGUGUAAGCAGUAUGAUGACUGUUAGGUUGACUUGACAGCAUUUGAAAAAUAGAGACAAAAUCAGGUGGGAAAUAUGUGUGUCUAUAGUGGUUAAAGAUAUCAUGUAUAUAAUCCAAACAAAACCUUACAUUUCGGUGGUACUUAAUGUUUACAGCAUGUGUUAUAUUUAAUAUACAUCUGCAUGUACUUCCAUAUACGUGACUGAUUAAAGAGAAUUUAGUAUGUUUGCUAAAAAAAAAAUUAAUAUGAUUUUUGUCGUUCAAGUAUAAUAUCUAAGAAACACUAAAAUGUAGCGAGUAUUGAGUAUUAUGUACAGGAGUAAUUAAGCUUUUCUAUAUACAACUAUUAUGUUUGUUCCCGUCACGUAUAACGGCAGAGGUUAAUGCACGAUUUAUAUUUUUAUUGAUUUGGUUGGCAAGAACUUCAUGUUUUUCUUUGGUUUGAGGGCCUAUGAUGUGUAGAAUUGUAUGAAUAUAGGAAAUCUGAGUAAAGGGUAUUGUACAGUUACUGCAUUACUAGUGCAUUACAUUACUACAGUUUUGUCGAAUAGAAAAAUGUAAUUAAAAUCUGACUCAAUCGAGGCCCACAUUUCGCUCCCUUAAUUUGAAGUUUAAAUCUUUAUUUAUUUCGUCAUUUUUGUGGCUUUUUGAAAUAAAGAGUGUUUAAAUAAAAAUACUGCAAGACAAUUUGAGAGACAAUUACCAGCAUGUUCACUGUAACAGUAAAAACUGUGAUUGGAUGAUCAUUUAAAAAUUGAGCCAUUUUGUUCAGGCAUGCUUUUUCU